AGUUAUAAAGUUAUAAUGUUGAUGUUUCAAAAUAAAAAUGUUAAUUUUCAGUAAAAGUUUUAUAUCUAUUUUUUUAAUUUGGGUAUUUCAAUAUUACAGCAAGAUAAGUGUUAGCAAAAAUCAAUAUAAUAAAGAAUUUAAAAGCGACAUUAUAUAUUCAAAACACAAUCGAGUGUUAGCAAAUACAGAAUGGUUAAACGAUGAAAAUUAUACGGACCAACAUGAUGAGAUUAAGAAUAUGAAGAGUAAAACAAAGUCACAGUGUGGUGACACUAUUGAAACUAUAAGUGAGGCAGAAAAAGACAAUAUUAAAACUGCAGUUGAUGCAGAAGACGACGCUGAAGUAAUAACGUAUAAAUCAUUUAAAGGUAUGGAUGAUAGGUAUGAUUAUGAAGAACAAACAUAUUAUACGACAGGUGUGAAAAACAAUUUAUUUAGACGUAUAGCUAGAAGAAUUAAAAAAUUGGACAAAAAAUAUGAAAAAAAAUUAUUUAAAAUCUUUAAUUUUAUAGAAAAUAUAAGAAAUGAUCCUAAUAUACCAGAAUCAAAACGUCUAACAGAAAUGCUUAAACAAUUGAAUGAAGUAUCAUUGCCAUUACUGUUUAUAGUUUUCGCUGAUUUAAUUAUUUUACUCUUAGGAACAACACCUUCGUCAAUUGCAAUGUUAGCUAUUUUAAAUGGUGUUUUGGGUACUUAUGUUUAUAAAAAACAUAAUAAAUUCAAAAAAAGAAAAAACGCAAAUAUAAUAUAAAAACGAUUAUAAGAAUGCAUAGGAUUAUUCUAUUCUACUUGUUUUAAAAAAAAAUGAAUUUCUUAUAUAUCACAGCUAUUUUUAUUUUAUUUUAAAUAUAUAUAUUUAUUGUUCGUUAAGUGAUUAUGUUACUGA